AUGCGUACAGUAACGCAACUGGUAGCACUCGUUGGUGUGACAUUAGUACUGCUGCUAGUAUUCACCGAGGUGGCAGCCUCCAGUCCUCUGUCGCUGAAUUCUCCAGACAUACAGACACGCAUGCAGCCCAAUGCAUUACCCAUUUCGGGUGGUGUUCAAUCCCGUAGCGCCAUGGUCCAGACACUCACCUGCACGAAUCCUACCUGCUCUGCCCAGUGCCGUGGACGUGGCUAUCGUCGAGGAUCGUGCACCAUCGGGCGUUGCUUCUGUUCGUACGUUUAG